GUUUCCGCGAUCCCGCCGUCGAAGCGUAACAACGACGGCCAUGCAUCAGCAUCAAGUUCUGUUUCAGUCCACCGGGGUACUCUACUGCAAGCGCAUCGUACGAGUGUGUUGUUCCGUCUCUCUCUCUCUCUCUUUCUGUUCAUUGGAUACCGCGUCCGUGACUACCACCAGGCCAUGUGCCCUUCUGUUCCUUGCCCUUGAGUAAACGCGCUGCAGCGAUUAAUGUCCCGUUAGAAGAUCGUUCUGAGUGCGUGGGUGUAUCUUACUUGUUUGGAUUUAGGGACAUACUUCCACAUGAUGUCUUCUUGGAUUAGAAGGUCGAUGAGGUCUAAAAUCAGUGUUGUUCAUACUGUGGAGAGUUGCAGUGAGGUCGAUGAUGCUAGCUCCACAUACUCCGAAGAUUCGCGGAAUUAUAAAAGGAAGUCAGAACGGGCAGCAAAGUCUCAAGCUGUCUAUGAACAAACAGAAAAGCAAAUAUUAGACAAUGUCCAAAAAACUCGUGAGUCUGCUACCAGUUUGCCUAUUACUGUUGUAUAG